ACCAAGAUGGCGGCGCCCAGGGAGAGGAGCGGAAGCUGAGGGCGCGUGCGGCGCAGCAGCGUGUUCCCGUGCGCAGAUCACACAUUAUAGCCUUAAGAAUGCAGUCGAUUUGCCAGAGAGUUGGCACUUGUUCCUCAUGUUUGAAUGGACAACUAAAUGGCUUCCUGGGAUUAAUUAAAUGGCAGACACAACUGGUUCCUGUGUGCAUCAGAACUAUCUACAGUGAGACAGGGAAAUGGGAAAAAACGUAUGGGUUGGAGACAAGAAAAAGAGUUGAAAAUUGGUGGUUCCCAAGAAUAAAGGAUCAAUUCUGCAGAAUUUCAGAAGCUGAUAAAUCAAGACCAAAAUUUUACGUGCUUUCUAUGUUCCCAUAUCCUUCUGGAAAACUUCACAUGGGCCAUGUUCGUGUCUACACCAUCAGUGAUGCAGUAGCUCGGUUUCAGAAAAUGAGAGGGAUGCAGGUGAUAAAUCCAAUGGGAUGGGAUGCAUUUGGGUUACCAGCAGAAAACGCUGCAGUUGAGCAUGGACUGCACCCUGCAAGCUGGACGCAAAGUAAUAUUCAACACAUGAGGGAACAGUUUGAUGCACUAGGUCUGUCUUUUACAUGGGAAAGGGAAAUAACCACUUGCUUACCAGAGUACUAUAAAUGGACACAAUACCUCUUUCUUAAGCUUUUUGAAGCUGGGCUAGUUUAUCAAAAGGAGGCAUUGGUUAAUUGGGAUCCAGUGGAUCAGACUGUUCUAGCUAAUGAACAGGUGGAUGACAAUGGUUGCUCAUGGCGUUCAGGAGCAAAAGUGGAACAGAAGUACCUCAAGCAGUGGUUUAUCAAAACUACUGCUUAUGCAAAGGCUAUGUUUGAUGCUUUGUCUGAUCUCCCUGAGUGGUAUGGUAUAAAGGAAAUGCAAGCAAAUUGGAUAGGAGACUGUUCUGGAUGCUCUCUCGACUUCUUGCUAAAGGUUAAUGGUAAAAUAACAGGAGAGAAGGUAGCAGCUUACACCUAUACGCCUGAAGCCAUUUAUGGAGCUUCCCAUUUAUAUAUCUUACCAGCUCACAGACUACUGCAUGGGAAUAGCAGUCUGAAGGAAGUCUUUCAGAGGGAGUUCAUCCAAGGGAAAGACUGUCUUACUUCAGUGACAGCUGUGAAUUUGCUUACCAAUCAGGAGAUUCCUAUAGUCAUCUCAGCAAAACCAAAUUUUGAGAAUUUUCUUGAUACUAAAAUAGGAAUUCCUAGUACUAGUGCAGAAGAUGCCACAGUAGCUAAGAAUCUGGGUCUUUCUUUCACUGAAGUCAUUGAAACAUUGCCAAAUGGUUUGGAGAAAGUCAUUAAUUCUGGUGAGUUCACAGGCAUGACUCGACAGGAGGCUUUAAAAGCUCUUACCCAGCAGACCAAAAAUAAAAGAAUAGGUGGAGACCUAACGAGUGACAAAUUAAGAGACUGGUUAAUAUCUCGACAGCGGUACUGGGGAACACCAAUUCCUAUCAUUCACUGCCAGACCUGUGGCAUUGUCCCCGUACCUUAUGAGGACUUACCUGUGGUAUUGCCCAACAUAACCACCUUUACAGGAAAGGGAGCCUCACCUUUAGAAAACGUUCCAGAAUGGGUGAACUGUUUGUGUCCAAGGUGUAAGGCAACUGCAAGGCGAGAAACUGAUACCAUGGAUACAUUUGUUGACUCUGCUUGGUAUUACCUGAGAUACACUGACCCUCACAACGCUGAACGGCCCUUUAAUAAUGACUUGGCUGAUUACUGGAUGCCUGUGGAUUUGUACAUUGGAGGAAAAGAACAUGCAGUUAUGCACUUAUUUUAUGCUAGAUUUUUCAGUCAUUUUUGCCACGAUCUAAAGAUGACCAAACAUAAGGAGCCUUUCCAUAAGCUGUUGGUUCAAGGACUUAUCAAGAAUCAAACAUUCAGAUUAACAACAACAGGCCAGUACCUGAAGAGAGAGGAGAUUGAUUUCACUGGGACUGAACCAGUUCACCUAAAAACUGGUGAGAAGAUCCAAGUCACUUGGGAAAAAAUGAGCAAAUCUAAGCACAAUGGAAUAGACCCUGAAGAAUUAAAGGAGGAGUAUGGCAUUGACACCAUACGUCUUUACAUUCUGUUCGCAGCUCCUCCAGAACAAGAUAUUUUGUGGGAUGCUAAAAGUUUGGCUUCAUUCACCGUAACUGAAAUCUGUUUAUUUUUUAAUUCUUCGUUGAAUUCAGCCGAUGCUAUGCCAGGUGUUCAGAGAUGGCAGACACGCCUCUGGACCCUAGUAACCAAACUUAUUGAAGCAAGGAUGUCAGGAACCAUGCCCGAUCCUGAGCUUCUGAGUAAGAAACAGAAGACUGAAGCCAGAAAGAUCUGGGAGCAGAAGAAUCUGGUGAUUUCUGAGGUAACAGAGUAUUUCACAAAGGAUCAUCUGUUCAAUGCAGCUAUUUCUCGACUGAUGAGCCUCAGUAACAUACUCUAUCAAGCUUCUCAGCCUCUUAUUCUCCACAGUGCAGAAUUUGAAGAUGCUGUGGCUACGCUCUGCAUUAUGGUUGCACCUAUGGCUCCACACAUUGCAUCAGAGAUGUGGAAAGGUUUGGCACAUAUGCAGAAUAAACUUUGUACUCAUCAUAACUGGGAUGCUGAUGUGCUACAUCAGUCCUGGCCCAAAAUAGACCAAGAAUACCUUCAAUCAUCAGAUGUUAUAGAGAUGUCUGUUCUGAUCAAUAACAGAGCUUGUGGCAAAGUUAGUGUGCCUCAGCAAGCAGCCCGCAAUUUGGAAGAAAUCCAUGAACUAGUUCUUCAAAGUGAACUUGGAAGCAAGCAUCUCCAGGGACGAACCAUUAAAAAGGCUUUUCUGUCUCCAAGAACUGCCCUUAUCAACUUCCUGGUGCAAGAAUAAUUAAGGCACUGCUAGGCUAUGAAAGGGGACAGAAUCCUUCAAGAUGAAACCUAUUCAAAAAUACCAAUUAUGGUUAUUUAAAUCUCAUAUAAUGUGGGGAGAGAGGAGAUGUUAUUAAUAAAUUGGGUUGCUGCUAAAUCUUCAUUUGAAUCAUGAGAAAAGCAUUAAAGCUUCUUGAAGGUAAGAUGCUAUUUGCAUUCUCUGGGAGAAUGAGAAGGAAGGACAGAAGAUCUGGAUCACUGUAACAGAAUGUAAAUUUUAUACAUGGGUUUUAGUGUUAACCUCAGAAAUACGUCCUAUUGGAAAGUUGGCUUGAAUAGAUGCAGAGAUGUAACUAUGUUUCCAGGGCUAAACAAGUGUCAUGACUACUUGCUACACAAAAUGUCAGGUGAGCUAUAAUCAGUCAUAAUCUUUGUUCUCUAUAGCUUAUUUUUGGGUACCAUAGUAUUAAUUCACUUUUUUUGUAGUAACAUUUUCUUACAAUUUAGCGUUAAUUAAAAGGCUUUGUUUAAUACUGGCUAAUGGCCUCAGACAUGGCAGAUAACCAGAAAGGGGUUGUUUGACAUAUUUCAUGCACAUUUUGGAAGCAAAUUGAGGAAACAGUCAAAUGAUUUAGCUAAGCCCUGCCUUAGCCAGGGUCCUCCUUACUUGCUAUUGUAUUUCUGUCAAUUUAUACAUGAGAGAUCCAAAUUCCACAAAGUGCUGACAGUUAUUUAUGUAAAGAACAAAAUGCAAGUGGCUUUCUAUUCAUAAGCUGUCUGAGAGAAUUUCAGGGGGAUUCAAGAAAGAGAUGAGUUGGCUACUAGUAAUGCAGCAAUGGUGAAGGCAGACAGCAUACUUUUUACUUCUAUUCCUAGUUCUUACUGUGCCUAGAUCAUAAAACUUGAAUAAAAAUUCUUGUUUUUCUGAGGGAUUCAUUAAGUAGAAAUAGCUGUUUCUAAAAAGCAUCCAGACUUUCAGUAAAACACACAGUCAUUCUCAUGCCUCAUUGAAACUUAGAGCCACAUGGAAAUGUUUAGUGUGUUUAGCAAGUCCUUGAAAAAGGUUUUCCAAAGAGACAACUGCAGAGUUCAUUGUAUGAGAAUCUCUUAUUUAACAUCCAUUAAACUAAGGAGUCCAGCAAGGUACUUGUGGACCAUAUUGACAGUAAAGGUGCCGACAAAAACAAGCAGCUAGGCAAAUACAGAGAUCUGAAAAACUUUGAACACAGCAGUCAUCCAACUUGGGUAUUAAAUUGAAAAGAAACCAAAAAAUCUCCUACUAAAGACUCUCAAGGGUCACUCACUGUAAAGCAAUACAAAAGCUCGUUUUGUUGCUUUUAUACAUUUUUGAUGUCAAAGAUCUAUAUAGAAUAGAGAUACAAAACUCACUGGGCAGGAUUGGUUCUAUACUUUCCUAAUUCUGCAACAAAACUGUCUGGUUUCCACUUCCUUCUGGGCCACACUAGUGCAGUUUUUCUCUUUAGCAGUGCUUUGACACAAGAAUGACUAAGGAGUGGAAUAUUUAUAAUGAAGAUACGGUCUUCACAGAUUUAACACUCCACACAUCCUAGCCACAAAGGAAUGCAUUCAGACAUUUAAACAUAGGCCUUUAGUUGAAGUUAAAAUAAUCUGAAUUCCAGUGUCUGUCUGAUAUAUAUGUUGUUAUGAAUUCAUAAAACUCCUGUUCAGAAGCCCCUAAAAGGACUGAAAGAGAUCCUUCAAAAGCUGUAACACAGCACAGUCCUGCUUUUUUCCAUAUAAAAGUUUAACAUACACCAUAGGACCAUUUUAGCAGAGUUUUUCUUUAGGGAGAAGGGUGACAUGUUUGGUGUAAAUAAAAACUCUUACAGUUUACAAGAAUGAAGAAAGAUGUUGUAAGCCCACCGGCCCUAUGGUGCCUUUUAACAAAAGCUGCAGUCACUACAGGCCUGAGCAGCAGACCGCAGUGUUUAUUGCUGUUAGCGCUGGAGUAUAUUUGCUCUUGCAAAAUGAAGCAGUGAAUUGUAGCUGUAGCUUUGAUUCAGGCAAAAAUAAAAAUAAGGAGUGGACUUCUGCAUACUAAAAAAAGAAAAGUAAUGAUUAGCAAUUGCGCAAAAAGGAUGUAGUCAGAAGUCACACCAGUGUCUUUACAGUAAGUUGAAAUUCAGUGCAGAAUACAAAAACUGUGAAAAAGAGAGCGAUGUGAGAGAUGAUGUGGAAAGUCUGACAGAGCCUAAUCCCCUAAGUAAGUCUGUUUGAAAGAUGGGAGAGCUGCCAGCUAUGGGGUUUUGCAGUUGACUUGACACCUGUUGCAAUUUUUCAUAAUGUUGACUUGGUGUGAAGCAGGACUGCUGUGUGUUUCAUGAUAAUUGUGACUCACAAGUUUGUUGUGUGCCUGAGGUUGGACUGAUAUCAACAGGAUGGGCUGUAGACUGCUACACAAGAAGUUUUAAAAUAUUUGUAAUAUUUUUACUGCAGAUGUCUUAAACUUAUUUAGUAAUUCUUUUGUGUUAUGGUGUAGCUACAUCUUUGUUCUGAAGAUGGUGUAAAAUGUCGUAGAUGGUGUGUCCUUGGAGAGCUUGGGAGUUUUAAAUGUGGGAGGGGUUAUUUGAGACAUGAGAAGGAAAAGCACUGGUGGUUGGUCAAUCAGAUUGCACCCUGUCGGUCAUACACGUUAAAAUGGAUAUGGUGACCCUCACCUUAUUCCAUGAAGUGAGGCACAGAAAAUGUAGAAGACUUACUAAAAACCUAGUGGGACAGACUACUACAAAGAAGCAAGAAAACAAAUCCGUGACACAGAAAGGACAUUUUCUGCAUCCUGUCACUCACUGGGGUAGGAGAUCAUGACUGGAAUGAUCAUUGCACUGAACCAGUCUGUAUCAUAUCUCCAUUUGAAGUCACAUAAAAAAAGAAUCAUUGGCACACUUUCUGCGCCCAAAUCAUUCAUGUAACUGCAUUUCCAAAAAAUCCAGCCUUCAAACAUUGAUCCUGGAAAAAGAGCAUUAGCAAAGUCCAGAGAAGCCACUGAGUACCUCUCUUAUGCUGUAGAUUUCAUGAGAAAGAUCUUAGACCUCAAACAGUGGUGGCAGUGGCACGGGUGUUUCAUAGUUGUCCCUAGUGACUGACAGGACGUGCUAAUGCUGUUUUGCAAUGAAGCAGUAAGGCCUUUUAAAUCACAUUAAGGAACAAUAUUAUAGCUUAGAUUACGAGCUAAGGCAGUUCUCUAGCCAGACUGUCCUACUUAGGCUUCAAACAAAAAGUUAUACAUGGGCAGUAGCUGCACACACAUCUGUUUUUUCCAUGUCCUUCAACUGAAUCAAAAAAUGGAGAUUUGGUGAAAAAUUAAAUCUCUCUUGUAGUUACCAGAUUAAAGUAAUGCCUCAGAAAUAGCAUCUGCUUAAUAAUGGCAUUUUUAAUAUGUCUUAGUAAAAGCCUGUUUGUUUGUCCUGAAAGGAGGAAUUCCAUGGAUAAUACAGGUCAUAUAAUGUAUAUGUUUUUCUCUCUCCUUCAUGGAUAAUGCAGGUCGUACAGUGCAUAUGUUUAUCUACUGUCUUUUAGCAUAAAUCCUCCAGAAAGCCAUUCUUCUUCUUCAAGCUUUUUACAAUCAAUAUAAACUAGAAAGAGUAUUAGCACUUUGCUGGUAUUUCAUUCUUAGGGAAAUUUGACAUAUACAGUGUUUUUUCUAAAAGUUUUGCUGUGGAUGAAGAGAACGGGAAAUUACAAUUCAUUUUCUAGUUUUGUAAUACUUAUUACAGACAGCAGAAAGGGGGAUCAGUAUUUUUGCUUUACUUAUGUGUAUUUAGCUAUUUGGACUAUUGCAUACACUGUUUUUGCUGAAUGUAUUUUCUGCUUCUUUGUUCCUUCAGCCCCCUUCUAUUAACCAUCUGAACUAAUUUUAAUCACAGGACUGUCCUGUACAAGGAAUGUUGAAACAGGAAACCAGGUACCUCACCAGAACCCAGAUGGGGAAUAUACUUACUAGCCCACUGGUUUGUGUCAGUCUGGGUUCUGAUCCUCAGGUUUUGACUUAAAGCAAGGUUGCUGGAACUGCAGUCACAUUAUUAAAAAAAAAAAAAAAAAAAAUCUGGGCAUUUGUCCUGAAGCAAAAGCAUGAAGGCUAGUCAGUAUGUGUUCCAGUCACAGCAGAAAAGGAGCUGAACUGGAAUGUUUUCUGUAUGUAGGAGAGAACAGGAUCAGAGCUGUCAUCUGCAAUGCAGAUGAUAAAAGAGAACUUGCCCGACAUGAGGAGGAAAGGUGGGAUGGAUUUUUUUCCUUUCCUGAAUGAACUCUCUUUCCGGUACCACGUAACAUUCCAUAAUUCACUAACCCCAUCUGUCCGAGGAGGCCCAAAGUCACAUUUGUCAACAUUUGUCUUGCAGCACUUUCCUCAGUCAAGUUAGUGUCAGGCAGGGCAACUUUUAUUCUGGAAAAGUCCAGGUCUGGUUUUAACCCUGGAGAGUUGUAAUCCAGUAUCAUCUAUAUAAAAUUGGUCCUGCUUUUAUGUGUAGUCAGAGAGUUUAAACAGUCGAAAGCUAACAGUUUCCUGGGUGUAUAAGUCGUUGGUGCUGCUGAGUUGGAGUAUUUUUGCCUUUCAAUUAGGUAUCCAAUGGAUAGCUGAGCUGUAAACAAUAUUGAGGACCUGAAGUGCUUCUAAUUUCUUGGAGCAGUAGACUUCCAGGUGCUCUGAAAACUCAACCCUAAUUAAACAGGACUUUCAAAGAGUGAA